AAAGCAGAAGCAUCAAAAUGGAGAAUGAUCCAGGAUUUGAGAGCUGUAAAUGAUGCAGUGCAGACCAGGGCACCAAAUGUUCCUGAUCCACACACAUUACUAAAUUCAUUGCAGCCAAAUAGGACUCAUUUCACCGUGAUUGAUUUGAGUAAUGCAUUUUUCUCUAUUCCUGUAGCUGAUGAUUCUCAGUAUUGGUUCGCAUUCACAUACAAGGGUCAGGGGUACACCUACACCAGAUUACCACAAGGUUUUACCGACAGCCCAACCAUUUUCACACAGGCUAUCAUGAACUGUAUGGCUGGUUUCACACCUUCAUCUGAGAGUCAAGUUUUGGUCUACGUUGAUGAUAUUUUAAUUGCUUCAGAAACAAAGGAAGCAUGCAGACGUGAUUCCCUCCUCCUUCUGCAACAUCUAGGCCAGACAGGAAAUAAAGUCAGUAAACAGAAGUUACAAUGGGUAAAACCAGAAGUGAAUUAUCUUGGUCACACACUCUCAGCAAGGGGAAGAGCAGUACAACAGGGCAGGAAACAGGCUAUAUUAGACACACCACGACCUGUCACAAAGAAACAACUUAUGUCUUUCUUAGGACUAUGUAAUUACUGCAGAGCCUGGGUUCCACUCUAUGCUGAGAUGGCUCAACCAUUGAUAGAGGUAGCUCAUGGACAGCCAUUAGCACUCAAAGAUAAAAUCACGUGGACACCAGAAGCAGAAGAAGCAUUCACAAAAUUGAAAUUGGCAUUGGUUCAAACAGCAAAUUUGAUCCUACCUGACUACAGCAAAAGGUUUAUGCAAACAGUGGACUGUAAAGAUGGGUUUAUGACAUCAGUACUGACUCAACAACAUGGCAUGAAAUGGCUACCAAUAGCUUUCUAUUCCAAAAGACUUGACCCUGUAGCUAGAGCUUUGCCACCAUGUGUUCAAGCUAUAUGUGCUGCUGCGAUGGCAGUAGAAUCGUCAGCAGAUGUCAUCUUGUUCCAUCCCACAGACCUGUUUGUACCACAUGCUGUUGAUGUGUUGUUACUUCAAAGUAAAAUGAAUAUGUUGUCUCCAGCCAGACAUUUGUCUUAUACAGCUCUGUUACUGUCACAGCCACACAUAACCAUUAAGCGCUGCACUGUAUUAAAUCCAGCGACUUUACUCCCUACACCAAAUGAUGGAAUACCUCAUAAUUGUGUAGAGGAAACUGAACAACUGCAGCUACCCAGAGCAGAUUUGUCAGACACACCACUCACCACAGGUAAAACGUGGUUUGUAGAUGGGUCUUGCUCAAGAACACCAAUAGGAAAAACGCAGACAGGUUAUGCUGUAGUGGAAAACCCAGAUACAGUAAUAGAAGCAGCAACUCUUCCUUCGCGUUUCUCAGCCCAAGCAGCUGAAAUCAUUGCGCUGACUAGAGCUUGUACUCUAGCAGAUGGACAAGACCUAACUGUAUACACAGACAGCCAGUAUGCAUUUUCAACAGUUUUUUACUUUGCAAAACAAUGGGAAAGGCGUGGAAUGAUAACUUCAACAGGAAAGCAAAUAACACAUGCACAACUUCUAAUCCAGCUCCUCCAGGCAGUAAUGUUGCCCACGAAGCUUGCAAUUUGCAAAUGUGAGGCACACACACGGAGGAAAGACUUGGUGUCACUAGGCAAUGCCUUAGCAGAUAAAAUAGCAAAGGAAGCUGCUAUAGGAAAAUACGGAACCUCAGACCUAUUUCUGAGAUUGCCGUCAGAAAAGGAGGAACUAAUAAAUACACAGAUCUUGCAUGAUAUGCAACAUUCAGCCCCUAAACAAGAACAGAAGAUGUGGAUUGCUAAAGGUGCACAACUGACAGACAAAGACAUAUACAUUGUAAAUAAUAAGCCUGUUCUCCCUAAAUCCCUUUUUAGAGCGGCUGCAAUUUCGACACACGGUAGUACUCAUGUGUCGACAGGGGGGAUGCAGGAGCUAAUAUCACAACACUUUACAACGUAUGGUUUCAAUUUGUACUCAAAACUUUUUUGUAGAGCGUGUGAAGUCUGUAUAAAAAAUAAUCCACAAGGGAAUGUAAGACCAAAGAGAGGAAAAUUCCCAGAACCAGCAUAUCCGUUCCAAAUGCUGCAUAUGGACUUCAUAGAACUAAACAGGUGUGGACUGUACAAAUACUGUUUAGUCCUAAUAGAUGCCUUUUCAAGGUGGACAGAAAUAAUCCCAGCAAAGAAUGCAGAUGCUAUAACAGUAGCAAAGGCUAUCUGCAAGACCAUCAUUCCCAGUUUUGGUAUCCCAGAGACCAUUUACAGCGACAACGGACUACAUUUUGUCAAUUCAGUCAUUCACAAAAUGGCUGAACAUUUGCAGAUUACAUUAAAAAAUCAUUGUUCCUAUCAUCCAUCGAGUGCUGGCCUUGUUGAACGGACAAAUGGAACAAUUAAAAAUAGAUUAACCAAAUGCAUGGCAGAAACAGGAAGACCAUGGCCCGUAUGUCUAGAUUUGGUAAAACUCUAUAUGAGGAUUACGCCCUGUAGCAAGGGUUUAACCCCUUAUGAGAUCAUUCAUGGCAGAGCAUACAGGCUCCCUCUGUUCUCACAUGAUUUAGACAAAGCCGCAGAAGAGCUAACUCUAGCCGACUACAUGAUCAAAACCAUGCAAAUGAAAGAAGUCUCAAAUGCAAAUUUACUGCCCUCCACUCCUUUAUCUCCACAGGAUGACUCAGCGAAACCAGGUGACUGGGUCUUCAUCAAAGUAAUCAAAAGAAAGACGUGGUCUUCACCCCGGUGGGAGGGACCAUUCCAAGUCCUACUCGCCACACCCACCGCUGUCAAGAUUGCAGAAAGACCCAGCUGGAUACAUCUCAGCCACUGUAAGCUGCAGAGAGUGCUUGGCUCCUAGGCCUCGGUCAGGGCGAAGUCUGGCUACAAAGGGGGUGCCAAUUAUAGUUUGGCAUCAGUCUCAAACCGGUGAAGAACUAAGAACCCUGACCAUUUAGCUCCCUAGGGGUUCAGGUGGCUCUGUGGAACUGAACGGAAAAUG